AUGAAUGCUUCAACAUAUACUGAUGAUAUUGAAGAUAUUGAAGAAAACUUGUCAGACAUUGAUGACGAAACGGUUAGAUUCAUACAACAAUUGGCUAAAACUGAUGGCAAAUUGGAAUCACCCAUUGAUUUGAAUAUCAGUUAUAUGAAAGUCGUGAAACUGAAUCCUUUACAGUGGCUUAAUUACACUGUCACGCCGAAGAAAAUGAAACUUACGAACACCAGCUACACUGUGAUGCUUAGCGCAACAUGGCAUGCAGAAGAGCCGUAUUUGUAUGAUGGCCCUUUCGCCAGUAAAUAUAUUUUUUCACAGCUCCAUUUUCAUUGGGGUAAAACCGAUAUGAACGGUAGUGAACAUUAUAUCGACGGUGGAAGCAUGCCAAUGGAAAUGCACGCGGUGCAUUAUAAAAGUGAUUACGAGUCUCAAGUAGCGGCUCUUCGUCAAAAUGGUGGAGUUACUAUUUUAGUAUAUUUAUUUCAGUACAUACAUUCUAAAAUGUCUUACUUCAGUACUGAAACACAAACAUGUCUUUAA